AAGAAGAAGAAGAAGAAGAAAAGAAAAAAGAACAAGUAGAAGAAGAAGAAGAAGAAGUAGAAGAAGAAGAAGAAGAAGAAGAAGAAGAAGAGGGAUAAUGGGAGAAGGAAAGGAUUUAUAACGACGCUACCGUCGGGGCCUGAAAUAACAGGAGAGAAAUGCACGUAGAGUGAAUCAGCUUCCUCUAAGCGAAUUUCCUAAUAGAUACAAGAAGCAAUAAGAAAAAGAAAAAGAAAGAAAGAAAGAAAGAAAGAAACAGAGAAAGAUAGAGAAAGAGAAAGAGAGAAGUAACCCGCAGUUACACCCUUACGUACGCUCUUAUCCCAGUUCCUUCGGACUUUUAAGAACGACAGUGUCUUCUCUCUCUCUUUUACUUUCGAGUGCGCUCCUCGAGAGCUUUGAGAAAAAGCAGAAGCGAGCGCGCGCGCUCGCGCGCGCAUUUACUCGCGAGCGCGCCGCCUUAUUCUCGCAAAGAGGAGAAGAAGCAGACCAUCUCUUCUUACGUGGAAAAAGGAGGUAGUAUAACGAAGAAGAAGAAGAAGAAGAAGAAGAAGAAGAAGAAGAGGAGAAGGAGGUGAAGGUGGAGGUGUUGUUGGUGAAGGUGAAGAAAAAAGAGGAGGAAGAAGAAGAAGAAAGAAGAAAGAAGAAAAACAGGAAAACACAAAAUAGAAAAAGAAAAGAAAAGAUAAAGGGAGGAUCGCCACGCCACGGUGUGGAACAAGACUCAUGCCUCGUUCGUAGCAUCGAUAUCGUUGAUAAGAAGGUGACGAGGAGAACGCGCAAAAGGAACGUAAAAGAACGAAACCGAACGGAACAGAACGGAACAGAACGGAACAGAACAGAACGGAACGGAACGUGAGCAAAACGAAACGGAAGAAAUGGCAACACGAAAUUUCUUCAUUCUAGGAAUUCUCUUGGGGAUCUUGGAAAUCGUCUACGUUCGCGGACGGCUGAUUCGAUUAGAUCUCUUGAAUCCGGACGUAAUCGUUUCCACGGGCGAGAAGUUGACUAUAAGGUGUUUACCAGACUACGACGGCGAGACUACGUGGUACAAGGACAACGUUAUACUGCGUCAUUCAUCUACGAGGUUGCGGGUUAUGAAGCAAACGCUAAAAUUCAAAUACGUUGAAAUCGGUGACGCCGGUUUAUACGGUUGCUCAACCGAAUCUGAUAAUAAUAAAACGAUCGAAUGGAGGAACGUUACUUUACGAGUUGAGGAGGCUUUACAAAACGAUGGUUACCGCGAGGAAGAUGGAAAAAUCGGUAACGUUCUUGAAGGAUUCAGACCAAGCGAGGAAACCAACGAGCUUGAAAUCGAGGCGAGAAAUCUACCUGAAACGCGUUCGUUGCAUUUGGACAGUGAGAAAUCGGACGUUGAAUUGGACAACGAUAAAGGUGAAAACGAAAUGGCAGGGGAGCAUAACAAAACGCUUCCCGACCGUCCACCUUCGUUCAACAAAAGCGACGAGAUGCAUAGCAGUAUCGUAAAACCUGCUGGAAAUAUGUUACGACUUAAGUGUCCAAGCGUCGGUAAUCCUAGACCUAACAUUACCUGGUUAAAAAACAACGAAGAACCGAAGAGAUCUCUUGGUACCAUGAUCAAAACAAAAUGGACGCUAAGACUGGAAGACCUCGUGCCAGAUGACAGUGGAAACUAUACUUGCAUCGUGUGCAAUCAUCUCGGUUGCAUAAGUUACACGUUCAAGGUCGACAUUAUAGAGACCGUGAGGCACCGACCAAUCCUGACGCGACCCCCACGAAACACAACGGUACUCCUAGGAAGCAACGCUAGUAUGACCUGUGAGGUCCUCUCGGAUGCCCAUCGUCAUCUCGAAUGGUAUCACGGUUGUCACACAUCUUUCGAUACCGUCAACAAAACGAAUCAGACUGUCCGGGUGGAGGUCAAGGCUGGUAUAGCCGAAAAUCCGGAAGUAUUGAAGCUCUACAACGUUACCGAAAAAGACGAAGGAUGGUACACCUGUAUAGCACAAAAUACAUUAGGGGAGACAUUCAGCAGUGCCUAUCUACGAGUCGUCGAAACGUUGGAGGAGCACCGUGUACCGCUUGCAGCAAGGCCGCAAAUCCUGGUUAACGUUUUGGCUGCUGUACUAUGCGUAUUCUUCGCCGUCGGUGUCGUCGUAGUGAUCUACAUAUUUCAUCGUUUAAAACGCGAGAAGAUGAAGAAGUUAUUGGCUAUAGAAACUGCACGUGCCGCAGUCGUAACCCAAUGGACGAAAAAGGUUAUCGUAGAGAAGCAGAAACUGGUUAACGCGCAGAACGUUCAGGAACCUUUAUUGAUGCCAGUAGUCAAGAUAGAAAAGCAAAAGUCUACGGUGACGACGGAGGACAGCAAUGGCGGUAGUAUAUCCGAAUACGAAUUGCCACUCGAUAGCGCCUGGGAAUUGCCGCGAGAACAAUUGACCUUGGGCAAUACGCUUGGUGAAGGUGCCUUUGGGAAGGUCAUCAGAGCGCAAACCAAUACCGGGAAACCUGGUAUACCUAGCGUCGUAGCCGUCAAAAUGUUAAAGGAGGGUCACACGGACGCCGAAAUGAUGGAUCUUGUAUCCGAGAUGGAGAUGAUGAAGAUGAUCGGCAAACACGUUAACAUAAUUAACCUAUUGGGCGCGUGUACUCAGGGUGGUCCACUUUACGUCGUUGUCGAGUUUGCACCUCACGGUAAUCUUCGAGAUUUCCUUCGUGAUCAUCGUCCAUCCUCUUCCGGAUACGAGCCAACGAUCGGUCAAGAAGAAAAGGAACGGAAGACGCUAACGCAAAAGGACUUGGUGUCGUUUGCUUAUCAAGUUGCACGAGGAAUGGAGUACCUUGCUAGUAGAAGAUGUAUACAUAGAGACCUGGCAGCACGAAACGUUCUCGUUAGCGACGAAUAUAUCCUCAAGAUCGCGGACUUUGGUCUUGCAAGGGACAUACACUGUCACGAUUACUAUAGAAAAACAACGGACGGUAGGUUGCCUGUUAAAUGGAUGGCACCGGAGGCUCUUUUUCAUCGGGUCUACACCACUCAGUCCGACGUAUGGUCGUACGGCAUUCUGCUGUGGGAAAUAAUGACUCUGGGUGGCACACCAUAUCCAUCCGUACCCUCGGUCGAGAAACUUUUUCAAUUGCUGAGGACGGGACACAGGAUGGAAAAGCCACCGUGUUGCUCGAUCGAAAUAUACAUGCUCAUGAGAGACUGUUGGAGCUAUCAACCAAACGAGAGACCAAUGUUCGGUGAAUUGGUCGAAGAUCUCGAUAGGAUAUUAACGAUAACGGCGAACGAGGAAUAUUUAGAUCUCGGUUUACCCCAACUGGACACGCCACCAUCCAGUCAAGAAUCGAGCGACGAUGCCGAGGACGACGAAACCGGCGAACAAUUUCCGUACCUGUUAUAAAAUCUUUUCAGUUAAGGCUGAUAUGUAAAAUCCCUAUGCAUGCUAUGAAAGCUGCGAUCGUUUAUCAAGGACGAGGAGAUCCAACCUCGACUUUUGACAAAACCAAAAAGGAAAAGAAAAAAAGAAUACAAAAUAAAUAAAAAAAAAAAAAAAGAUAAAAUAAAAAAUAAAAUAAAAAAUGAACAAUUGCGAGAGCGUAAACGACUGAUAUAUAAAACGAGCACGCCAAAUAAUGCAAAUCAGUAUUGACCUAUAGUAGAACGUAUAACAUAUUUUCUAGACUUUAAACCGAGCCCAAGCUAAUCGAGGAAAUAUAAAUGAAAUAUGUAUGUAAUUAAAUACAUACAUCGUAAUUUCUUUCGAUGGGCGAGUCGAGAGCCGGCGGAUCAAUUUUCUACGUCUUUAUUGUUUCGUGCCAUGAACGCGUGCCUUGUUGAGAGAGAAAGAGAGAGAGAGAGAGAGAGAGAGAGAGAGAGAGAGAGAGAGAGAGAGAGAGAGAGAGAGAGAGAGAGAGAGA